AUGUUUCGCAAUCAGUAUGACACCGACAUUACCACGUACAGUCCACAAGGGCGUCUUCAUCAGGUCGAGUACGCCAUGGAAGCGGUCAAGCAAGGGUCUGCUGUCGUCGGGCUCCGCUCCAACACCCAUGUCGUCAUGGCGACGUUGAAACGCUCCGCCUCAGAAUUGGCCUCUCAUCAAAAGAAGCUGUCCGUCAUUGACGACCACAUUGGCGUUGCAAUUGCUGGGUUGACUGCCGAUGCCCGCGUACUCUCCCGUUUCAUGCGCACUGAAUGCCUCAACCAUAAGUAUGUCUAUGAGGAACCCCUGGCCCUCUCACGUCUCGCUCUCUCCGUUGCGGAUAAGUGCCAGGUUUCGACACAGCGCGCAAGCAAGAGGCCCUACGGCGUGGGUCUCCUCAUUGCAGGAUACGAUCAGACUGGCCCUCACCUUUUCCAGACAUGUCCAAGUGGUAACUACUACGAGUACAUGGCCAUGGCAAUCGGAUCACGGAGCCAGGGCGCGAAGACUUAUUUGGAAAGAACUUUUGAGCAAUACAAAGAUUGCUCUCUUGAAGAGCUCACUAAGCAUGCCGUCAUUGCAUUGAGAGAAACCGUAUCUUCAUCGAAGGACACUGAGCUGACCUCAGAAAAUACCGCCGUUUCUAUUGUUGGCAAAGGGACCAAGUUUACAAUUUAUGAAGACGAUGAAGUCAAGCCCUACCUCGCCGCCAUCGAGUCAGAUGAUACCGAACCAGCAGCGGACGCGCCUCCAGCCGACUCAACUGCCAUGACCGAUGCAUAGGAUCAACACGCAUUCUUGAAAGCCAUGUCACUUUGUAAAGCUGUCGUCCAGUUUCAUACCUAAUC